UAGCUCGCGCGCUCCGUGCGCGACUGCCUGCACCGAGGGCGGGUGGUCAUUUUUUUCCCCCUUCCACCCGAAAGUUCUUCAAACAAAACAACGCGGAAGGCACGCGUGCUUUUUAAUUUUAAUAUCCUUUAUUUUACAUUUAUACACACGCGCGUAUAGUUUUUUUUAAACGUCGUAGAAGGCGCGCGCGAUUGGACGCUCGCCAGAGGUUCGUGUUCACACGCGUAGGCCCCGAUCGCGACAAGGCCUUCAGCGCAGCCUCCCGUCUUGCCUGGAAGCUCUGCCGCGGGGAUGGCCGCGGAGGUGGGGGACGCGGCAGGCGACGCCGUAGGCUUGGCCGGGGAGGACGAAGAGCAAUGGUUGUAUGGAGAUGAAGAUGCCGCUGACAAAGCGGAGGGUGAACCUGCAACUGUUGGGCCACCUGCGGACGUGCCCGCGGCCGCCGACGACAAAGGCGGCGACCUCCCUGUGAACGGCAACGCCGAAGAAACCAACGGCGACGGCACCGAGGCCGUGGCCGCUCCGAAUGGGACUGAAGAUGCCGAAGACGACAGCGAUAGUGAUAGCGACGACGACGACGUGCAGGUCACGAUUGGGGACAUCAAGACGGGGGCGCCACAGUACACUGGCGUGAACCUGAAUAUCAAGCCCGGCGCACGGCCGUAUGGGGCAUCCUCAGCAGCCGGACCCAAACAGGUGAAGGGCGUGGAUCUGGACGCGCCGGGGAGCAUCGCCGGCAUUCCUGUUCUCGAGGUUGACCUCGACUCCUUUGAGGACAAGCCCUGGCGCAAACCAGGCGCGGAUCUGUCUGACUACUUCAACUUUGGCUUCAACGAGGACACGUGGAAGGCGUACUGCGAGAAGCAGAAGCGUCUUCGCCAGGGACUCGAUCCGCUGCCCAGCGGCCCGGCCAUGAACCGCAUCACGGUGCAGCAAGGGCGGACGGGAAACCUGCUCGACAAGGAGCAAGACAUGGCCGGACCAACGCUCAUCAAGACCGAGUUCCCACUGCAGCAGGGUGGCUUGCGACGGAUGGGACCCCCGCCUCACAGAUAUGAACCCAGGAAGCUGUCGGGCACCAUCGACGUGAUCGGGAGCCAGAUGAUCGGCAUCACCCGCGUGGAGGGCAGGAGGCGAGACCGCGACGGCCUCCCUGAGCCCAGCCCCAUCCAGGUGCUCGGGACGCUGCCGCCCCCUGGAGACUACAGUGCGAACCAGGGCAAGCCCCCGCCGUCGUUCGCGCCCCCAACAGCCCCGCCGCCGCUGCGGCCCAUGGGCCUCCCGCCCAACUUCAUGCCGCCGCCACCCAUCCUGCCGCCACCCGUGAGCGUGGGCCCUCCGCACAUACCUCCUCCAGGGUUCAUGCCGCCGCACAUGCCGGGACCCCCGCCGCCCAUGGUCGUGCCACCGAUGGACAGCGGGCCCCCGCCAGGCUUCCCGAACCGCCCCCCGCCCAUGCCGUUUGGCUACUCCACCGUCGUCUCGUACCCGCCCGUGUCUGUCCCCGCGCCCUCGUGGGGCCCUCCGGCCGGAGCGUCCGUCGACAAACCGGGCCCCAUCCAGGGCAGCGCCAUGGUGGUCGUGGGUGGCCCCGGUGGCCCCGCUGGCGGCGGCCCCGCUGGCCCCGGCGGUGGCCCCGGUGGGAACCCCGGCGGAGGGGUGGGAGGGAUCGGAGGCGGCGGGGGAGGCCCGGGAGGCCCCGGAGGCCUGGGCCCGCCCGGCGGAGGGGCAUCGCCGUGGGACCGCGAGCGGUUGACCACGUCCCGGGACGGACACACGCGCAGUCCGUCCGUCAGCAGCUACGUCAGCGAGGACGAGCGCUUCCGCUACUGGGAGCGCGAGACGCGCGAGUUCGGGCGCGAGCGCGAGAUGGAGCGCUCGUACGAACGCGAGCAGCAACAGCAGCAGCAGCAACACAACAGCAACAGCAGCAGCAACAACAACAGCAGCAACAGCAGCAGCAGCAGCAACAACAGCAGCAGCAACAACAACAACAGCAGCAGCAGCAACAGCAGCAGCAGCAGCAGCAGCAGCAGCGUGAGCACCGGGAGCCGCCGGCGCGUGAGCACCGAGAUCACCGCGGCGACGUGCGGGAGAGGGAGCACCGCGAGCGCAGCUACGACCGCGAGCGGCGGCACGGCAGCCGCGACAGGGGCGGCGGCGGCGGCGGCGGCGGCGGCGGCGGCGGCGGGGGCAGCCGCGACACCGAGGAGCGGCACCGCGACAGGCGCCACCGCGACAAGGAUGACGGGGGAGGAGGAGGGGGAGGGGGCGGAGUGGGAGGAGGCGGAGGCGGCAGCAGCGCCGGCGGUAGUGGCGGCAGCAGCCGACACAAGUCGUCCCGCAGGAGGCACCACGACGACGACGACUCUGACGGCCACCGGCGGCACAAGCACAAGAAGUCCAAGCGGAGCCGCGAGGACAAGGAGCACGACGCCGGCGCCACGGAGGAGCGCACCGCCGACGUCGAGGCCGGCUCGGCCGCCGACGAAAACUGAGCGACGGUGCCGCCGCUCCCCCCCUCUCCCCCCCCACCUCCCACCCUCAAUUCCCACCCCCGUGUGUUGUUCUCGGCGAUUUGUGGCUCGUUUCGGUGGCUCGCGGUCAUUGCCGACGACGCGCCGGUGAUGGCUGGGGGGGGGGUGGUGGGGGGGCGGGGGGGGUGGCCCGUUUCUGUCGAUUUGGUUUCGUCGUCGUGUCUCUCGUCGUUUUUGGAAUCUCGGAGAAUCUCCACCGCCGCCGCCACCCCCCCCCCCCUUGGCUGGGAUCUGACCCCACGGGGUUCCAAUUGCAACAUCGGGGGGGGGGGGGGCGCAUGUCCGUGAAGCCGCCCCCCUCCCGUCGAGAGCGUGACGGCGUUUUCUUUUGCGAAAGCCGCCGCAGUUCGGCGGCGAGAUUCUGCUUCGUUCCGAUUCAAUGGGCCGCCGUGCGUGUGUGUGUGUGCGUGCGUGUGUGCGCGUGCGUGUGUGUGUGCGUGCGUGUGCGCGCAUGUGCGUGCGCGCAUGUGUGUGCGCGCAUGUGUGUGCGCGUGUGUGUGCGUGUAUAUAUUUUACAACCGGUUUAGACGCGGCCUGUCUGGGGGUGUUUUUUUGUUUGUUCCUUUUGACCUCGAGGCCCUAAAGGGUCCCCCGAGGCCCCUCCCCCUCGCAAGCGGCUGUCCGAUGUUGCUUUUAAUUUCAUUUGGAGCUGGGACGUGGGACGUUGACCUCAUCCCAGUUUCUCUCGCGUACUUGGUUGUCGUUGAACAUAAAUUUCUCCGUGCUGACGUCGGCAGAUGUUUUUUUUUUUUACUCAAGGAGUGGAGCGAUGGAUCCAUCCAGUGAUUAGUAUCGACUAUCGAGCUCACAAUAUGUGCGUUGAAUAACGUGCGUGGUCAUCGAUGAUUUUCGAUUUGCUUCAGUGUAUGUAAUAGGUUCUCUUGACCUCCACAACCACUAGAGGCGCUAUCAUUCACCGCUGUAAAAACUAGAAAUCCGUGAAUCGAAUCAUGACCCAAGAUCGUUUCACCCCUGACGUCUCCUGCACAAUAUUCUCCCCACACUGUUCAAUUUCCGAUUACUCACUUCAUUACGUCACCGCGAAGCACAUUACAGUGUCUUGUCAGAUCAUCUGGAAAAUAUAUUUUUAUUACGAUGGCGCGGAACAAGCGGGGAACGUCUCCACGGCCCAACGGAGCGUGGCGCCGUCCGUCGCCUCCCUUCUACGGCUCUCGAGCCGCCGGUGGAAAUUCCACGUUAUUAUGACAGGGCCCAGAAAGUUAUCGGAGUUGCGAGGCUGGUGUCGACCUCGUGGCGAUGUCCGUCGCCCGCCCGCCCUAAUAUUUUUCUUCCCAUUCGCCAAACGUGGGUGACGGGGCUGUCCAAGCGCACACGUGUGCCGUCGACGCCGCUGUGAGCAGCUCCGAGCGAGCCGUGGCAACGUGGAACGCGUUUGUCUCGAGGAAGGGAGCCUCCCCCCUCCCCCCCCCGACCAAGCCGACAGAGCGGCCGUGUCGAGGGACGACCGAGCCGACCGUCCGUGCUUUUACUCGGCGCGAGCGAUUUGCGUUUUAGCGGUGGGGUCGUCGCGCGAAGGCGUUUGUACUUCCGGCUUUUACAGCGAGCGAGCGAGUGCACGCACGCACUCCCCCCCCCCCCCCUUUCCGUGGACAAGAAGGUGCGCGUGUGUGCGAGCGAUUGAUUCGGCGCGUGGCAAAACGUACCACCGAUGAGAUUCAUGAGAUCUGUGACUCUAUCGGCUGUAUGUGUUGAAAUAAAA